AUAGAAAGAAAGAAAAAUAUAUCAUACAGUUACAGUCAAAUGAUGAGCUCAUGAAAAAGGGAGGGGCGCUGAGGAGGGGCAAUGCCCGAAAAUGAGGCUCUCAUUCCUGUUUCUUUGUUUUGUUUUAUUUCGUUUUUAAUCUCCGCAGAACAACACAUUAUUACAUCUUUUAUGCCGGAUUACAUAUAUUUUAAUCCGUUUGAAGAAACUCCUUUAUGCAACGCUUCACUUGUCAUCAAGACAAAGUUUCUCGUGUGCAUGAAACACUCGGACUGUUGUUUGUUUGUGGACCCAUAUUAAUCCCAAAAGUCUUUUGUUUCAGCAGCUGGACCUAUAAAGAAAGUAGUUCUGUCUUUUUGUUUCAUCUCAGUUGGAGAAAGCAAGAAGAUCGCAGUUCUCUGGAUUAAUCCAUGCUCUAAAUCAUGUGGAUUUUAAAAUGAUUGCUAAAUCGUGUUUCUUGUGGCUGUGGCUCGCAUUUGGUGUGUUUGGUGUUGAUACGGAUGGAUUGGAGUCAGUGUCGGUGAUGGAGGGAGAUUCUGUCACUCUACACACUGAUGUUACUGAUAUACAGAGUAAUGAUCAGAUAGUGUGGGUAUUCAGUAUUAAAAAUUCAGACACUCGUAUAGCUGAAAUCUAUAAGCAUGACAUUAAUAUGCAUGAGAGUAAUGAGAUAUUUGGAGACAAACUGCAGUUGGAUGAUCAGACUGGAUCUCUCACCAUCAGAAACAUCAGAAUCAAACACUCUGGACUUUAUAAACUAACUAUCUUCAGAAGUAAAGGGAUCUCAUACAAGACUUUCAGUGUUACUGUAUACUCUCAUCUGCCCAUUCCCAUCAUCAUCAUCAGUGACUCCUCACAAAAGCCAUCAUCACGUAAAAGUUCUUCAUCAUCUAAAUGUGUGUUGCUGUGUUCAGUGGUGAAUGUGACACAUGUGACUCUCUCCUGGUACAAAGGAAACAGUUUAUUGUCCUCCAUCAGUGUGUCUGAUCUCAACAGUCUCUCUCUACCUCUGGAGGUGGAAUAUCAGGAGAACAACACCUACAGCUGUGUGAUCAACAAUCCCAUCAGAAACCAGACUAAACAUCUCGACAUUAAUGAAGUCUGUCAGCCGGGUUCAGAACGCAGAGAGCAUUCAACCAUUAUAUUGGUGAUAAGUCUUUCUCUACUGAUACUGAUCACAGCUGCGGCUGUAGGUGGGAUUUACUUAUGCCAAAAGAAAAAUACAAGACCAGUGUAAAGCCAAUGAAGAAACCCAUUCAGUCUACUCCGUUGUCGUCCUACGAGAUCAGUGUUCUUAAUGCAGCCCAAUGUAAAGCAAGUUGAUGUACAAAUACAUUUAAUUGCUUUCAAACAUUUGAACUUUCUAAACUUUGUCUGGGACUAGGAAGGAGCAACUGCUUUAGUUACAGUGAGAUAAAUCAAACGUUUUCAUUGAAAUUUCCAAGACAGUGAACCACAAGUAAAACCAGCAAACAAAAUGUUAAACAAACUUCUGGAAUGAUUUGAUUUGAGAAAUGUAAAAAUGUUUUGUAAAAUCUUUUUGUGUCUGUAUUUACAGUUUUUCAGUAUUAGCAUUUUUUGUAUUGUUUUCUAAUAAUGACAUCCAUGUCACUGAGUGCCUGUUUUUUAUACUGGCUGAUAUGCCCAUUAUAGUGCACAUUAUUUUAAAUGUAUUUUUCAAAAAUAAUGUUAAUUUCUUUUGUGAUACUUUUUUAAAGUGAAAGAAAGAAAUCUGUAAUUUUCCUUUAAUGUUAUUUAUUCAUAUUGAAUUGUUCAUGUACAGCUUUUUUUUUUACUCUUAACAAGCCACAUCUGACACUGUAGUUAUACCAGAUGAUCAUAGAUUGAUAAAUUGAUCAUCUGAUUUGACAUCUUGUCAAACACGUUGCAGAUUCUGAAUGUUUGGUGCUUAUUUGAAUCCCGCCAUCAGCGUCUAACCUGCUGUUACUUGACUACAGUUAGUUGUUUAACCUGUCAGACAAGACAUGUUCCCACUUGCUAAGAAAAUUUCCCACUCUUAUUUUACAGUUUAGUUAUGAGUUCAGGAGAACUGUAAACUGUAUACAACUGACACUUGAAUUUGAAUCUAACUUAAACAGUAAUAACUAUAAUGGUAAUUCCCCAGAUAGCACAAAUACAUUACAUCUCUGAGAUGUCUGUUUUAGAUCUUUUCAUCUGGAAAGCAUCAAUAUCUAGUUAACAUCCGCUGAACAUCUUACAAAGAUCAGAUUUACAAA